AUGGAAGAGUUCGAAUUCGAUGAGAUAUUAGACGACUGGUUUAUUGAUUCUUUAAAAGCGUACAAAGACCUUCAUGUGUAUCAGCUGGAGUUCCCCACCCGAGUUAUUGAGUGGACGUCAGCGAAAACCGUGUGCGUGGCAAGUUGCGACGCGUUCAACAAAAAUCACAUUUUGGAGCUCGGAUUGCCGCCAAAACUCUUUGCGCAACAACAGGGCGUAUGCGCCGAGCGCGAUUUCCGAGUUCUCCACGGCGGCUUUUGUCCGGGUCCGGUCAGCGUCCUCAAACACUUCCCGGGGACAAGGCUAAUCGUAACCAAUGACGGCCGAACAUCAGACUUGCUGGUUUGGAACCUCGGAGGUGACGACAGCGACGUCAUCGCGGAGGAGGCGAGCGUGGCGGGUUCGAAGGAAAGCCAGGGCGGGGUCAAGGUGGCGGCACGAACCGCGGCACAAGCGGAGGUGGUUCACGGGCGACGGGUCGCUGACGUCAAGUUGACACACUUGGACACGGGACAGAGCGUUUACACACUUGCGUCAUUGAACGAAGAGCUCGUGAGCAGCUUCCACUUCGCGAGCGACGCAGUUUUCCUGAUCGCUUGCGGAAACGGCGAUGUCCACACAGUGGACACGCGCGUUUCGACGCCGCCCCGGUGCGAUCCCGCGCCGCCCUUCCCCAGUUGUCGUGGCGUCUGGCGGACUGAUGUGCGUGAGUCCCAGCUAGUUCGGGUGUCGACGUGCGGGCGAACUGCCAUUUCGGACCCAAGGAGCCCCGCGGUUGUCGUGCGCAGGGCUCGGCUGGCGCCGGGCAAGGUGCCUGGUGACCCGGAGGACGUGACCGUGUCGUGGGCGCCGGGACUGGAUGACGUCGUGGCGGUGUCAGGUUUCAACGGCAACGUCCAAAUCUACGACACAUCAUCUUGGACGUCGGACCCCCGCGACGUAGAUCCGCUCUUUGAACACGGCGGCCACACCGUGUGUUCGCCGCAAGGGGGCGCCGUCGUCGCUCGCCAUCUCUGGCACCCCCAAAAAUCCCGCACGCUGGUGUCCGCUGCUAGCGACGCCUCGCUACACGUGUGGGACUGGAUCCAACGGUAA